CCGGACCCGGAAGCGGAGCGGCUGAGUCACCCCGGCGGCGCGGCUGGCUGGGAUGAGGCAGCAGCAGCAGCAGCCGCCUGAGCAGCGAGCGGCGGGCGCGUCCCUGCGACACUGAGGCGCCCGACCCCGGCCCCGGAGCGCCCCGGCCCGCCCCGCCGGCACCAUGAUGGAGGAGAUAGACCGGUUCCAGGUGCCCACCGUGCGCGCCGAGAUGCAGCCGCUGGAUCCAACAGCUGCAUCUAUCUCAGACAGAGACUGCGAUACAAGGGAGGGAGAGACUGUAGCCAUGAACUAUAAACCAUCCCCACUUCAAGUGAAACUAGAGAAGCAGCGGGAGUUAGCUCGUAAGGGGUCCCUGAAGAACGGCAACAUGGGAAGCCCAGUUAAUCAGCAGCCCAAGAAGAACAAUGUGAUGGCUCGAACAAGGCUGGUUGUUCCCAAUAAAGGCUAUUCAUCACUAGAUCAGAGCCCAGAUGAAAAGCCACUGGUAGCACUGGAUACGGACAGCGAUGAUGACUUUGACAUGUCCAGAUAUUCCUCUUCAGGAUAUUCUUCAGCCGAGCAGAUCAACCAAGACUUGAACAUCCAGCUGCUAAAGGAUGGCUAUCGGUUAGAUGAGAUCCCAGACGAUGAGGACCUCGACCUAAUCCCCCCUAAAUCAGUCAACCCCACCUGCAUGUGCUGCCAAGCCACCUCCUCCACCGCCUGCCACAUCCAGUAAUGAGGACGGCAGGCUGUGAUCAGUGCUUUCCACUAUAACUGUAAAACUUAACAGCCAUUGCUUCCUCCUAUGGUAGGACGUGCACCUCUUUGUGUUCAUGGAGCCAGGAGAAACCAAAACUCCAUUUUAUGAUUGGUUGAUGAGUUAUUUUAAGCUAUGGUUAACAGACAUGAGCUGCUCCAAGUGCCAGGCUGGAGUCUGGGCAAUUGGCUGGUCUGGAAAGCUAAUGCAAAGGGGUCCAGUGAUCCCUGGGUCUGGGCAGGCUCUGGGUAUGGUUUGUAAGGUGUAUGUACUGGAUUGAGAAGGAUCAGAUGUGGCUGCAGUUAAUCCUAUCCGUCACAACUAAUCCAACUGUGAGUUCAACUGAGUCUAAGAUGUAAGGUCUUUCUAACCCGGGGAAAGGGCAUUUUUUAAUUCAUUCACUGAAACUGAUCAGUUUGUGCCAACCAAAAUUGUACCUGAAUAGGAACAGAGUGGAGUAUUCUAGACUAUGGCAGUGCUGCCGGCAAGGAUUAAUAUAUCCUGGAAAUCAGUUACACACAAACCAAACAUGUAGGUGGAAUUUCAUUCUGGGUUAAUACCAAACUUUACUUGGACUGUCAUGUCACAGAUCUGAUGUAACCUACUGUUAUUUCCAUAUGAGAUUAGCACCAAUCAGAUAAAAUUCUGUCCACAAUCCAUCCAUGCCCCUCCUCAUUCAGUUUACUCCCAGGAGUAAACAUACCAUAUCCAUGAAUUCAGUCCAGUCAUAUUUAUUGGGUUUUGCCUCCAAUGUUUAAGGGGAAUUUUUGGGGUCCAGCUGCUGGCAAAAAUCACAGUCCUUGUCCAUUUAAGUAAAAAACAUGUAUAUACCUAGGAAGAAUCGUAAUCAUACAGUCUUAAGGUCAGAACCCAAAAAGCAAGUUGAAGAAAGCACAUGGUUUUUACAGUACACAGAGGUUCAUUUUAUCUUGACUUUGAGCCUAUUGAAGAGAUUUACCAACACUGGAUGUCUGUGCAUUUAGUGUUGCCAUAUGUUAGCAGGAUCGGCAAUUUCCAGCAACAAGAGGAUUGAGCAGGUUCCCAUCAUGAGACGCAUGAGGGAAAACUGCUGUCAUCCCACCUCUGUUAGGGCGGUGCUGGUAGUGAAGGAACAGUUGUGUUUGCAUAGUGCUGUUCGUGUUCAGGAAACAUGCCUCUAAGAUCAGUAGAUUUACUCCAUCGCCAAUUCAGGUUUGUUUUUAAUGAAAGUGAAUUUCCUGAAUUACGAACCAUAUUGGCCUCCUGAUAUUUCUUUUAAGCUUUUGGUGCAGAAGGUGUCCAAGAGUCAGGUGAAUGUAGGGCCUGCGCUUAUUAUGCCAUCAGACUUUAAAUUACAUUAAAUCAUGUAAAUUCCUUGACAUGAAACAUGACGGCAUAUUCUUCUGCUUUGUCAGGAGGGAGAAAAACUACCAACCUUGCUUUCAGUGCUUGCUUCAGGUAUUGGUGAUGAAAAUAUCUGAGGAAAAUGAAACCAUUUUUCCAGUUUAAACUUCUUCUCGGAAUUCCUUCAUAACGCAACACACAUGCUUAAAUUUCACCUUCCUGGAGUAUAAAAUCCUUGUGUAAAAGUUAGAUGUAGUCAACUGAAUCUUUAAAAGGACACUGUCAGCUCCUUUUAAUAGCUUGAAUCAUUGUUGGCUUUUAGUCUGUGUAUGGCAAGAUGCAGCAUACUCUAGUGGUCUGAGCACAGGGUUAGAGCACAGGGGCUCCUGGGUUCUAGAGCACAGGGGCUCCUGGGUUCUAGAGUACCGCUCCACCACUCGCUUGUGUGGCCUUGAGCAAGGCACUCAAACCGUGUUUUCCCCCUCUGUAAAAUGGCAGGAUACUUACCUACCUCACAGGACAUUGUGAGGAUAAGUUGCUGUUGUUUAUAGCACUUUACAUCUAUAAGUGCUAACUGCCCUUUGCAAAUCCUCCGAGACUUCUGGAAACUGAAUAUUCCCCUAUUGAUCUUGCCCUUUUUAAUCACUUGGCAACUAUUGAGGUGGAAGUUUUUCCCAAACGUUUCUAGAGAAGCACAAAGCGUCAGCCAUCGUGUGCCCACUUCAUCUACGAUGCCAGCAGAAAUGGUGCUCAGCUUUGGGAAUAACGAGGCAGACGAGGAGCUCUCACAAAACGAUAUGUGUAGAGACAAGAUGGCUUUUGAUUCUUGGGAGUAAUGAGUGGGGAAUGUGGCCAAAUCUUUUCUUUUUUUUUUUUUUUAAGUCAAAUUUUGUACUAAAAUUAUUUGACAGUGUCCCUUUAAAGGGCUGUAUUAAUAGAGGCUUUCAGACUGCUGACUAAAACUUUAUAGACUGGGACUACAUAGUAUAGUAUUCAUACAAACACCAACAUCAUCAUCAUAUUCAUCCUCUGGGGCAGUGUUCAUCACAUCAAACACAGCUGCUCAAACUUUGCCCAGCUGGGAGCAUUGCCUGUUAGGGGUCUGGUGCCCCAGAGCUCUGCACCUACUUUGUAUUUAACUACAAUGGCAUGGCCUGUGCCAGACUACAGGUCCCAGCAUGCAAAGCCUCUGUCCUUAUACCGAGCAUGUCCUGGUAUGCAGAUCAAGAUGGAGCACUCCAUGCUGGGAUUAAUAAUCUUCAUAGGCCGCCCCACCAUAUUAAAGAAGAGACCUCACUUGCUGAUGUGAUGACUAUUGCCCCAAGUUAGCAGGAACAAAUGCUUUUAUUUCUUCUGGUUUACAUUUUUUUCAGCCUCCUGCCCCAAUGCAUUAUUUUAAUAGCCCACCCCACUCCACCCCCCGCACGCACACACCACCUUUUGGGCUGUGAAAUGAGCACAUGCUUCCAGUUGAACCCUUUAGGAUCUGGGUGAGAGAGAUGCUCAGUGUUUGGGGAAGAUAGGAGGGAGGCGAAGACUAUGUUUAAAUAUUAAUUACACUACAAGUACUUUCAUGGUAGCUACAAACCAUGCUCCAUGACGGGCGCUUUCUACAGAUGUAAGGAAAUGACGUGCUGAGUUUGUUUCAUUCCGCAUUCACAGAGGGGUUUGGUUGCACAAACAGCUGGCUUAGCAUGAUCAGUAUAGAUCCAUAAAAUGGAAACUUUUGGCUUCUCCUCACUCUGUGCUUUGUGUCCAUGUAUUUCACCAGGGGGAUAAACUAGACGGGGUAGAAAGAAAAGCAGUUAUCAAUGUAGGGUUGGAUUCAGGAAAUGCAUUGAGAAAAUGCACAUGUGGCUAUUACAGAAAGUUGACCGAUAAUCCUGCUCCACUAUGGCUUGUCAUGCGGAAUAUGAACUUGUUGUUUAAAAAAAAAAAGAAUAGGGCUCUGGUGGGAGGUUGGGGAGGGGUAUUAAUCUUAAAAAUGGCUAGUUAAGCCUGGCUCUCCCUGCCUGGCCUCAUGACCCAGCCUUUGGUUCAGUGGAUGGCUUCUCUUGCCUCAUGCCACUCAAAGGAGUAUAUUAAACUGUACCAACAGUCCCUGGCAAUGUACCUGGAUUUUCUGUAGCACUGUUUCUCAGCCGCAGGAGACGAGGGAAGAAAAGGGAGGAUGUCCCUCUUUCCACUUCAGCUGGAGAACACAUUUAUAAAACUGCCAGAGUGUUCUCAUGUCAGCAGACUGCUUGAAACAGAGCACUUGAUAUCCCAAUACAUCCCUUAUUUCAAGGUGACUGUAGUCACACUAAGCCACGUGACGUUCUCAAGAAGAGUCUUACUUUAUCAAAAGUCUCAUCUUCCACUCCCAAACCCUCAAGGGCCACAUUACAACUCCACACAGGGCGAAAGCCUGUGUCACCAUUAGCUGAAAUUAUCAUGCAGAUGCUGUUUGCCUGACAAUUUGGAAAAUGUUCUUAUAUUGACUCUUGGGUCCCACAAAUGUAUGUCCACUUGAUGCCUCUAAAAUCAAAGCCACUCUGCUUGAUGCAUAUUAGGGUUCUUAAUUUUAGUCGUUAUAAAAUAAUGGAAUUUAAUCACAUCCCUUCCUGUCUAUCCGGUGUUAACUUCCAUAUUGACUCUAGUAUAUGAGGCCUCAGCGUAUAGAUUUGGCUCGCCAUCUGGGAUGAAGACUGCCUCCUUUCCAAAGAUUAACACCAUAAAUAGGGAAUCUCUAUAUUUUUGCCACACUGGGAUGGGCAAGUGACAGUCCCUGUGUGGUGUGUUGCUCCCAUUGAAGGAAUAUAUACUCAACAAACCCAUUGUAAAGUUCAGUCUUCCCUCAGUAUUUGUGAGUCACCUGUACUGAUCAUCCUUGUAUCUAAGCAUCUGUGUAUCCUAGUAUGGGACUGAGAUGCAGGGCAGGUUGGGACCAAGCUAUCUUGCAUUAGCAUGAGGUAUUCAUAGAAUCAUAGAUUAUUAGGGUUGGAAGGGACCUCAGGAGAUCAUCUAGUCCAACCCCUUGCUCAAAGGAAAGAAGCUUGAUGUCAUCUAACUAGGCCCCUGGCCUUAGGCUUGUCUGAUGAGAUGUUUUCCCAGCUAUGAAGCCAAUCCUCAAGAAGGGAGAACCUGCUGAGUCCUUCUCUGACAUAUGUUGCUUACCACAUUACUUACCUGGACUGAAUUUUAGAUGUUGUAUCCUUCAGCUAGGCUCUUCUCUGUAAUCUUUUCCUCUGCCCUUCCUGCCAGCGUAUUUAUUCUAUCAGACCAUGUGCCUUUGGGUCUGAUGUGCUACUGUGGCUGUCUUGUCUGUGCCUGCCUAGAACCUGAAUAAAUAGCUGGGGAGGAGUGGGGGUAGCAGUGAAGCAGCAUCCCCACUGAAUAGCCCUGGGCUAGUCAGGCUUACUCACACACAGGGUAGGCCGUACCGCUUCUCUUCAUCUUCGGUAUCUGCCCUCCAACUCCCCCAUCCCAGAGGGGGUGUUGGCUUCUCUUCGGCUGCAUCCCAGCUUGCAUCUUCAUCGCUCAGUUGCUCCCCAGAAUCCUUGUGUCGUGGUGGUUGUGGCACCUGUGCUUAGGCCUCAUUGCAGCCAGUGCAAAGGAGUCUGGGAGGUUUGAUAAAUAAGCUGCCUGCUGUACAUGACUGAGCAGAAAUGGGGAAGAGGCUUUUGAAAGAGGACAGGACCCAGAUGAGCACCAGGUGGGAGGAGAAAAGGAGGCAGUGACGGGGUGCUGCCAAGUGCCUUCUUAGCUUAGGUCAGGUCCUGGUUGUCCAACCUAAUCUGCUUCAGUAAGGUGCUGUUACAAGCAGGAUGCAAAUCUGGCUGGCUGCGCACCCACCGGAAGCCAACCCGAAAGCCAACAGGGGAUGAAAGAUGAUAACUGCAGAAAAUCCGCUAAUAAUCUCAAUCAGCAGAGUGGUGUCCUGGUUAAAGCACACGCCUGGCCUCUGCUACACACUUGCUGUGACCUUGCCUCUCUCCAGGGCUAUAAUUCUGGCUCACAAGGGUGGUGAGGCUGCAUUUAUCAUUGACAGGUGCUUUGGGAUCCUUUGAUGAAAGGUGCUAGAGAUGACGGGUGAAUAAAAUGAAAAAACUACAUUUAAAACUGCCAGAUUUCUUUCAAACAUCCAAAUCCACAAAGAGCAGCGGUGCAGCUCCCCCUCCCUUGAUGUAGCGGCGUCUGAUGUUGCAACGUGCCAGAAGGCCCCAGGGUGGAGGCUAAUGGAGAUAAAACCACACUGGGGAGAGCCGUUUGGCAGGGGUGCCUUUCCUAGUUAUGCAGCAGCUGGCACUCGUGCAGCUGGCUGCCGAGGCCUUUGCUACUGGUGCUCCAGCUGCGUGGAGUGUCUGAGCAUGUCUGAGAGCCCAGCCGCGCUGUCCAUCAUCAGCGGGAUGAAGGUGCUGAAGGGGGCUGAUGGAUGUACAGGCAUGGGAGAGAGCAAGUUGGAUUAAUUGUCUGGUGGAAAUGAGCAUCGCGGUGGUGGAUCUGAUGUUUCCGUGGGAAGCUUCCUGUGCUGUGUUUUCUGUGCACGUAACAAUUUAAGGUAUAAAUUAAAACUUUCCUCCCUCUCUUGGCUUUCAGGCUCUCUCUCUCUGGGCCCUCCCUUCACCUUCCAUUCUUCCUCCAAGCCCGCACUGAAUAUGGCUGCUGCUACGCAGAAUUCAAUUUGCCUUGUCAUCUGAGCAUUGCUUGACUCAGCACACAUGGGCCAUCGCCGUAUGCCCGGCAUUUGAAUCAAAGUUAACUCGUCCUUGCUCCACCCCGACUUCCCUUCCGAGCUGACACCAGGAUUCAGGAGUGCUCUUUUCUUUCUCCUGCUCUUGGCCCCUGUAUAAAUAGAACAGUGUAUGUCGAUGCCCAGGCAAUAGUUUAGAUUGUUGUGACACAGGAGCCUAGUGGAGGGCAGGUUUCAGAGUAGCAGCUGUGUUAGUCUGUAGCCGCAAAAAGAACAGGAGGACUUGUGGCACCUUGGAGACUAACAAAUGUACUUGAGCAUAAGCUUUCGUGGGCUGCAGCCCAGUUCAUCGGAUGCAUAGAAUGGAGGGUAGUAACUGUAAAGGUCCACUGGGGUGCGGGUGUGCUGUGGUACAUUACAAGCUGUCACAGUGCUGAGUCCACAACUCCUAUCAAAGUCAGUCAGUUGCUGGUGCUCAGGAUUGGUCCCUUUCUGCCUGUGUGUGCCCCUCGUGGGAGGGUGUAGUGGCACUGGGAGAUAGCGACUGUGCUGCUCAGCUUUGCUGAAAGCACGGCCUCUUUCUCACUUUCACUCCACGGUUCCCUGUCUCUGAGGGUUUGCUUCAGACUUUGAACUGCAUCUGAUCAGACAAGCUAGCCUCUGUUACCAGAACCGUGAAUGUGAGCGUUCACACCCAGACAAAUCCAGACCCAGAAACGCCCAUGACUUAGCCUAAAAGUGCUGUGAACUGGAGCAGUCUACAACAAACUAAGGGUAGGUCUAUACUUACCU